GCUGCUUAUCUCCAGCUGCCGUUCUUCGCUGCUAAGUACCCCAAUUGCUUUGCGCUGCUGUUCCCUCUUUCACCUCCUUCUUCUCGUAACCCUCUUUCCACACUUCGUUUCAAAAUGACGCCAUCACCUUCGGAAGCGGUAGCGAAAGUUGCGCAGGCUGCUGCCGGCACCGAGUCGUCAGCAAAGGUGUACAAGAGAGAGUCCAACACAGCCAGAGUACUGGGAGCAGGAUGUGCGGGAAUUGCAGAACUCAUGGUGUUCCACCCUGUAGACACCACAGCGAAGCGACUGAUGAGCAACAUUGGCAAGAUCGAAUCCGCAUCACACUUGAACAAGGUUGUCUUUAGGGACGCGGCUUCGGCCUCCGUCUCUGGCCGAUUCCUCUCUCUGUUCCCUGGUCUCGGAUACGCAGCAGCCUACAAGAUCCUUCAACGUGUGUACAAGUUCGGUGGACAGCCGUUUGUCCGAGACUACCUUGCUCAGCACCACGGCGGAAGCUUCGAUCGCGCAUUCGGCAAGGGUAAUGGCAAGGCUAUCAUGCACGCGACUGCUGGUUCGAUUAUCGGUAUCGGUGAAAUCGUCCUCCUGCCUCUCGACGUACUCAAGAUUAAGCGACAAACAAACCCCGAAGCUUUCCGCGGACGUGGGUUGAUCAGGAUCAUCUCAGACGAAGGAUUCGGACUAUACCGUGGUUGGGGGUGGACAGCGGCACGUAACGCACCAGGCUCGUUUGCGCUGUUCGGUGGUUCCGCCGUAGCCAAGGAGUACUUGUACAAACUCACAGACUACAACUCGGCAUCAUGGUCGCAAAACUUUGUCGCGUCCAUCGCCGGUGCCAGCGCAUCCCUCGUCGUCUCUGCUCCUCUUGAUGUCAUCAAGACCCGUAUCCAGAACAGAAACUUCGAGAACCCCGAGAGCGGCUUCCGGAUCGUGUCCAACAUGAUGAAGCACGAGGGUCCCACUUCCUUCUUCAAGGGCCUGACACCAAAGCUGCUCAUGACUGGCCCCAAGCUCGUCUUCUCCUUCUGGUUGGCACAAACGCUGAUCCCUGCAUUCGGAAAGAUUAUGUAAAAUUGCGUUGGAUCUGUGCUGAUGAUAACUGUAUUAUAUGGGAAGCUUGGGGUUACAGGUGCUUUAUAUUUGGCAGGCUGGGCUACGUCCAAGGCAACGACGUGCGAAGAGCGCAUACUAAUGCGAACGAACUACACAUUCUCCAUUCCA